CCCUGUGGGGACAGGCUGAAAUAAACUGAGAGAAAGAGGAAGAAGAGAAGAAGGAAGGAAGAGACGACGUAUGAGCGGUAUAACAUGAGAGCAGAGGAUUAAACUGUUGCUCUGCUGAACUCUGUCCGUCUGUCCACCUGCAGACAUGUCCUCCCGUCCUGAGAGUAAGACAGCCUCCCAGUUUGUGUCUCUCACCAUGAGGCUGAAGGACAAGCUCCACACGCAGAGAAUCAGACGCUCUGAACGGAUCAAACACACCCUGACACAGAGAGUCAAACCAGCUGACCUGAACCUGCAGCACACACACAAGUCGGUGUGUGUGUUAGUGGAGCAGCAGCGGGCCGUCGUCAGCGCUCUGCAGUACUUCAAAGCUCUGGUGGACAAACUCGUUGUGGACCCGUCUGUGGUCGGCGGCUUGCUAGGCGGGGCGUCCGGCGGCGUCCUGGAGGCGGUCCAGACUAUGGUCCAGCUGGAGCCGUACCUGCACAACAGUAAGACCGUCUCCGCCUGUCUCACUCAUCUCUACCUGUCUGUGGCUCAGCUGAUUCGCUGGGCUGAUCAGGUGAUGCUGCAAGGCGUUGCUCAUGGCAACAAGGAGUCCACAGCGAGUGUUACCACAGUCAUCAGGGCCGUGCUGGACGGCGUCAAGGAACUGGUCCGAUUGGCUGCAGAGAGACAAGGAGACUCCGCCCCCGUGUCUCCUGUCCAAUCACAGGCUGCCGUGGGACAGACAGGCGGGUUUGACGACCAACAGACAUCAGACAGGGCGUCAACCUGCCGCAGUCCAGGAGCUCCUGCAGAGGAGCAGACUCCGGCAGCUCCUCCUAAACCCCCCAUGCCAUCCUCAGAGCCCCUCCCCCAGCUGCCCCCCCCACAGGGACUCAGUCCUCCAGCCCUGCCGCCUAAAAAGCGCCAGUCAUUACCGAGUCCUGCCCCCUGCAGGGUUGACAUAGUAGCACCAAUGAGACGCGAGCCUGAAGCAGACAGACAGGUAGAGGAGGACGAGAGUCUGAAGCGUUUCUCUUCGUCUGCUGAGAAUAGUCACUGUGAGGACGAUCCAGACUAUGACUUCCUCCUCACUGACCUCUCGUUCUCUGAGACUCUCCCCCCCGCCCUGCCAGAGAAAAUACGCUACAGCACUGCAGGAACAACCAUCGCUCAGGCCCCGCCUUCCUUUGGGUUUGACCCUGCCCAAUGUGAUGACGUAACUGGUCCUGAUGAUGUCAUGUCCUCCCCGCUGUCCCCCAGCAAGACACCCCCUCCCCUCCCCGAGAAGAAACGGCACAUCCAUCAGUACCUGCAGUUCUGCUCAUCCUACAGCGCUCAGUCAGCAGCCAUGUUCUACCAGCGACCUUUCACCUUAAGUCAGAGUUACAGCAGCAGGCAACAAGAGGUGGAGACCGCCUACCAGCUCACACACACACACCUGGACACACACCUUGACACACACCUGGACACACAGACAUUAGACUCCGAGCUGCUUCCUCCUCCAGUUCUACCACCGAAGAAGAGACAACAGGAUUCAGUUGGACUGUAUGAAGAGAAGCAGAGCAGAGACAGUUCCCAGAGUCUCCAACAGGAGGAGCAAGAGGAGGAGGUGCUACUGACCGAGCGGCAGGAGAUCCUCCACAGAAUCACGAUGAAACCUCAGGAGGAGGACGGGCCGGACGUGAAAGCUGCCUCUCCUGAGAUCCUAUUGGUCCACGCCACAGAGACUGACGGCAGAGCAGAACAGAUCCUGUACCGUGAAGCCUUCCUCUCCACCUACAGGAGCUUCAUCAGCCCAAAUGACGUCAUCAGCAAACUGCAGCACAGGUACAGGCACUUGUGUGAAUUACGUGAAGCUGCACACCUGAGCGCUGCCAAGAACACCUUUCACCUGCUGGUCAGGGUGGUCGACGAGCUGUGUGCGGUGGAGCUGGACUCUGAUUUGCUGCUGCUGCUGAUGGACCUGGUGUUUAGCCUCCUGAUUGGAGGAAAGCUGGAGCUGGCCCACUUGCUGCACUCCAACAUCCUGUCCAAGAUGGAGCAGAGGGGAAAGCUGAUUGGCUCGCCUCAGUCUCACCGCCCCCUUGCCGCCAGGGGCGUGGCUGCCAGACCCGGGACUCUUCUGGACUUCAGGACUCAGGAUUUAGCUGAACAGCUGACUCUGCUGGACUCUGAACUCUUCUGCAAGAUCGGGCUCCCUGAGGUGUUGUUGUGGUCGAAGGAGCAGAAUGAGGAGAAGAGUCCGAACCUGACGGAGUUCACACAACACUUCAACAACGUGUCCUUCUGGGUUCGUUCAGUCAUCAUUCUUCAGGAUAAACCUCAGGACCGAGAGAAAUUGCUGCUGAAGUUCAUGAAGACUAUGAAGCACCUGAGGAAGCUGAACAACUUUAACUCAUACCUGUCCAUCCUGUCAGCGCUGGACUCCGCCCCACUGAGACGCCUGGACUGGCAGAGGAGCACGGCGGAGGCUCUGGAGGAGUACAGUUCUUUGAUUGACAGCACAUCAUCUUUCAGAGCCUACAGAGCCGCUCUAGCUGAAGUGGAGCCUCCCUGUAUACCCUACCUGGGUUUGAUCCUUCAGGACUUGACCUUCGUCCACCUGGGGAAUCCUGACAAGGUGAUGACAUCACAGGGUUCAAAGGUCAACUUCUCCAAACGCUGGCAGCAGUUCAACAUCCUGGACACUCUGAGGAGCUACCAGCAAGAGUUUAAUGAGGAGUACUACAAUGUUACUGCAAUUGAAUGA